AUGAGGGAUCCGAGCCUGAAUAUGGAACCGAAUACUACUGGGCAGCAACAGCUGUCUGCAACUACAAAUGGCGCUGAGCCGCGCAAGCAACAAAACAAGUCCGUACGAGUAGCGUUCGGUCCGGACUUGGAGACCUACAUUCCUCCGCGCGAUGAAUCUCCUGCGCCCGUACAAGGGCAUCAUAGGUCAUUCACUAUGCAUGCGUUACCGCCGCCGCAGUCUAGGCCAACGAGCUCAUCCGCAGGGGAGAACCCAAUUGUGGUUCCGGGCAGCCCUCCCACCGUCACUCCGGAUCGCGCAUCGGACAGUGGGCGACCAGCAACACUGAAGAGGGCGAAGAGUGACUAUGGUCCCAGGUUGGGAGUUGAUAAGGCAGCAACGGGCGAUGAAGAAGAAGAUUUCGCAAUGAGGCAUGGAUGGCAGGAAGAAUAUACUUCCAGCGAAUACUUGAAAAUUCUUCAUUCGAACUUCUACAUGUAUUAUACGGAGAAGCGCCAUGAGACAGACGGUAUCCCGAGGGACCCAGUGGGAAGCUGGCCCAGCCAGGACUGGCGGAUGCGGGAUCGCCUAAAGACGGUCUCUGCAGCCCUGGCCAUUUGCCUCAACAUCGGUGUUGACCCUCCAGACGUCGUGAAGACAAACCCUAGUGCUAAGCUGGAGUGCUGGGUCGACCCUACCUCUUCUACAACGGGUGGACAGAACAAGAUAAUGGAGCAGAUCGGGAAGAAAUUGCAAGAGCAAUAUGAAACUCUCAGCUUAAGAACCAGGUAUAAGCAAUACCUCGAUCCUUCGGUGGAUGAAACGAAGAAAUUUUGCAUCUCUCUGCGUCGUAAUGCAAAGGACGAGAGGGUGCUCUUUCACUAUAACGGUCAUGGAGUUCCGUUGCCGACGCAAUCUGGCGAGAUUUGGGUAUUCAACAAGAAUUACACCCAAUACAUCCCAGUCUCCCUAUAUGAUCUGCAGUCUUGGCUUGCUGGCCCUAGCUUGUUCGUAUUUGAUGUUUCUCAUGCAGGCAAUAUUCUCUACAACUUUCAUGCCUUUGUUGAGAAACAUGAAAAGGAAAACAUAGAGGCAAAGAAAAGGGAUCCUAAUGCAGUUGUCCAGAACUACGGUGACUGCAUACUUCUAGCAGCUUGCCAAAAGAAUGAGUCUCUCCCCACGAAUCCUGACCUUCCAGCGGAUCUUUUUACAUGUUGCCUGACAACUCCCAUCGAGAUUGCCCUUCGUUACUUUAUCCUCCAAAAUCCUCUUCAGAGCAACAUCUCUGUGGAUGAAUUCAGAGUCCCUGGUCGUCUUCAGGAUCGAAGAAGUCCUCUGGGAGAGCUGAAUUGGAUCUUCACCGCAAUAACCGACACUAUUGCAUGGAACACAUUACCGCGAGCUCUGUUCAAGAAACUCUUUCGUCAAGACCUCAUGGUUGCGGCUCUUUUCAGAAACUUUCUGUUGAGUGAACGUAUCAUGCGGGCUUAUCAGUGCCACCCGAUGUCUUCCCCUGAAUUACCACCGACUCACAACCACCCCUUGUGGCAGAGCUGGGACCUGGCUAUCGAGAUGGUGCUUGCUCAGCUUCCCGCCCUGAUCGAUCAUGAGGAAGGGCGGAGGCAUUAUGAGUACCAGCAUUCUACGUUCUUCGCUGAACAGCUCACUGCCUUCGAAGUUUAUCUCUCAUCCGGCCCCACGGAAAAGAAUCCACCGGAUCAGCUUCCGAUUGUCUUGCAGGUUCUUCUGAGUCAGGCACAUCGACUGAGAGCGUUGAUCCUCCUCAGCAAAUUUCUAGAUCUUGGGCCGUGGGCGGUCCACCUAGCUCUGAGCAUCGGUAUCUUUCCUUACGUUGUCAAACUACUGCAGUCCGCUGCGCAGGAGUUAAAGCCUGUGAUGGUCUUCAUCUGGGCAAGGAUCAUGGCUGUCGACCAUACGGUGCAGAAUGAUCUUCUCAAGGACAAUGGCAUCCAUUAUUUCAUCAACAUUCUGAACCCCUCUUCCCCCAUACCUGUUGGAAACGCCAGCGAGCAUAGAGCCAUGUGCGCAUUCAUCGUUUCGAUAUUCUGCAAGAACUAUCCACAAGGACAGAACGUCUGCCUUUCGCCAGAAUUAUUCGAUGCAUGUCUAAAGCACCUCACAGAUGUAGAGAACCCUCUGCUGCGGCAAUGGUCUUGCCUUUGUUUGAGUAUGCUCUGGCUGGACUUCCCGGAAGCAAAAUGGAUGGGCAUUCGCUGCGCUGCUCCAACUCGGCUCUGCGAACUCAAUUUCGAUCCUGUUCCAGAGGUUCGAGCUGCCGUGCUUCACGCACUGACCAGCUUCCUCGGCAUUCCUGACCUAACGGAUCAGGUCGAACAGAUCGAGGAAACUAUCGCAAUGGGAGUGCUACCAAUGGCCGCGGAUGGAAGUGCUCUGGUGAGAAAGGAGCUCCUGGUCUUCUUUUCUCAAUUCGUGAAGCGAUACCAGAAUAAGUUCCUGGUUGCGGCGUAUGAGGAGCUGAUAGAGGAAAAGAAGACGUUGCUUGAGCGGCUACGAGACGAGAAAUCGCAGUCUGUCUUUCUGAACGGUGCUGUGAUGGAUAAAUCAUCUGCGUCCCCCAAGGCAGCACUGUCACGAAACACUACGUUCGGGACUAUCUGGAAGCAACUGCUCAUUCUUUCCGUCGAUCCACAUCCUGACAUUGCUCAAGAUGGUAGUAUCGUCGUUGACUACAUGCAUCUUGCACUCUUGCAAUCUCCUAUGGCUGAUAUGACAGUAAAGCUCAAGGACGAAAUCAUGGACCUUACUAAUCGCCUGCAAUCUCAAAAACCACAAGCAGCAGAGCUAGUAGAGAGUAAGAACUCACGGCCUGCAACCCCCCCGUCCCAGUCACCUGCGAAACAGGAAGGAUACUUCUCUUUGAGUAUGCGCAGGACUGCCAGCGUCGCCGCAUCGCUGAAGAACCUCGCCUUUGGUGGUCCGACCCCGGACCAGCGACCUUCUUCCCCUCUGAAGAACUCACCACAGUCGAAGAGUCGAAUGCCGAUGACCCCUCGCGGACGCGCUCCUCCGGAAUGGACACGACCUCCCGAAGUGAACGACCAAAUGGCACCCACAGGAGCGUAUCAUCAAGCACCCACGCCAACCUCACGUGGUUUCGAGCCGAGAGAUCCAUCUUCUCCACCCGCUAUACCCUUGAAGAGCAGAUUCCUAGAUUGGUCCACAGAGGUAAUCCCAGAACUCCUUGACGAUAUCAAACGUAAAUCCCACAAGAUUGUGAAGCAAAUUCUUACCCCACCUCAGUAUUUCCGGGAACCCCAGAUGAAGCCGAACGAACCCGACGAACCCGGUAGUGCGGACUACAAUGAACGUCUAUGGCGACGUAGCCGGAACGAGAAAAUCAUCGCUGAAACCCAGCCGUUGAAGGACAAAGCAGGCAGUAGCCGUUGGGAUCAUUCCGUCUCUCUCUUGACAAAUGAUGCUCAACCGAUGAAGAUGUGUUUCCAUCAAUUCGAAGACCAUCUAGCCGUUUCUGACGAUAGGGAUACGAUCUCUAUCUGGGACUGGCAACGUCACCGACGUCUGAAUCGGUUCUCAAAUGGAAACCCUCCAGGAUCAAAGAUUAAUGAAAUAAGAUACAUUAAUGAGGAUGACCAGGCACUGUUGAUGACCGGCUCUUCAGACGGCAUCCUCAAGGUGUUCCGGAAUUAUGAGUCCAGCAAGGGAGUGGAGGUUGUCACUGCCUUCCGCGCCUUGCCAGAACUUAUUCCCAGUAACCGGAAUGCCGGUCUUGUCUUUGACUGGCAACAGGGACAGGGCAAAGCACUUGUGGCAGGUGACGUAAAAGUAAUCCGGGUGUGGAACGCAGCCACGGAAGUCUGUACCAACGAUAUUCCCGCACGAUCGGGCUCUUGUAUCACAUCCUUGACUUCAGACCAGGUUGCAGGCAAUAUUUUCAUUGCAGGCUUCGGUGAUGGUGCCAUCCGCGUCUUUGAUCAGCGUCUCAAGCCUACAACAUCUAUGGUCAAAGUAUGGCGUGAACAUAAGCAGUGGAUCACAAAUGUACACAUGCAGCGUGGUGGCGUACGAGAACUAGUUUCCGGUAGCCGAAACGGAGAGAUCAGGCUGUGGGAUCUUCGAAUGAACGACCCGAUCUCCACCAUCUACGCCACCCGCGAUACGCUGCGAACUCUGAGCGUCCACGAACACGCGCCCGUUUUCACUGUUGGCACGAACCGCCAUGAGGUCAAGACAUUCAACGUCGAUGGAACUCAUUUGUCGACCUUCGAGCCAUACUCGAGUUUCCUUCACCAUAAUCGUUCUUCUCCCAUUGCGAGCACCGCGUUCCAUCCUCACCGUACUCUCCUCGCAUGCUCGGCCCUUCAUGACAAUCACAUCAACCUGGUCGCCUGCUAG